UAUGAAAGAAAGGGGAAGAAUUCUUUUUGUUUUGGUUCUAAUUCUUCCUUAUUUGGAAUUUAUAGGUGGUAGUUUUGUUUCUAUUAGUACAAAAGGAUGUGGCUCAAUUAAAGGUUGCUACAGAAUGCCACCUAAUUGCAAUGGAAGGAACUGCCUAUCUCUAAUUACUUUUAGAUGGCAUAAAGCUACAGAUACUAUUUUAUUUGAAAUGCAAUCACAAGCCUUGUCAGGUAUUCAUUGGACAUCUGUUGGAUUCUCUGACGAAGCUCAAAUGGGAGAUAAUUACGUAGUAGAUUGUCUUUAUAAUCAAUCAUCAAGCAACGCCUUAAUUCAAAGAUCCUGGAAUUAUUUAAAUUCAGGUGGACGGAGAACUGGUAAUAGAGUUUUGAAAGAUAAAUAUGCAGGAAUGGAUCUAUCGCAACCGUUUCAAGCAAAUUAUAGUGAUGGUUUUAUUCAAUGUACUUUUAGUAUGCACGUAACAACGACAGGAGCUAAAUAUACUCCAAAUUUUAAGAGUAAAUAUUACUUGCUUCUGGCUAGAGGUCCUACAACGAAAAAAGGAGUAAAGCAUAAGCACACAGUAUCUCCUUUUAUGUCACCAGAAAAAAUGAAUCUAUUGACUUUUGUUGAUAUAACUGGACUAAAAAAAGAUACUCUUGUACUUUUACAUGGAUCAUUUAUGCUAAUUGCGUGGCUCUUGCUCGGAAGUUCGGGAAUGCUUGUUGCAAGAUAUUGCAAAUCUUUCUUUGGACAAUUCCGAUCAACGCAUACCUGGUUUCUGGUAUAA